UAUAAUAGUUAUCGGGCAACCUGUGACGUUGUCGCUUUCUAGCAUUCACUCGCUCUGAACCAGCACGCGUUCUAGCUAGCUAGCAGCCGAAAGCUCACCAACCGAAAGAACUCUGAGCGAGAGCUUCUGAGAGUUUGUUAAUACCAGUGAAGUCCGAGCUAUGCAUAGCCAACGGGACUUCAAGCUAAUAGACUACAUGUACGUGGUAGUUACUCUGCGUAGAGUCUUCUGAGAGCUCUUCUGAGCUAUUAUUAUUUUUAUUAUUAGCUAGUAAUACUUCAAAGAGUCUCAAGAAAGGAUGGAAUGAUGGAACAUGGAACAUUUGCGCGCGAUUAGGCCUUUAAGUCAUCGCGUAAACAUUUGCUUGUGGGGUUCACAGUUGUUAUGUUUUCGUGCCCUCGUGCUCUUCCGAUUCUCUAACGCGUUCAUGUUUCUUGCACUUAACUCCCAGUUUAAGGACAGCCUUUCGAGUUUGCCGCUUGGCUUCCACCUCAAUCUCCAACCACAAUGACCACCAUCCUGUGAUCUGUGAUGAGCCUCAGUACAUAGCUGUCUCAUCAGUAAAGAGUACAGUAGCCAUUGUGGUCGGGACCAUAAUUUCUAAAGGUUUCGUUUCCAAUCUCUGCUUAGUUUUUCUCUCAUUCUAUCCUUCUCCUCUUCAAGCUUCAAACCAUUAUCCCACCAAACCAUGAGUUCCAUCAAUGACGAAAACAACAUCGCUGUGGAGCAUCUGCUCCUAGGACGACCAAAUGAAGCCUCCGCGACACUCAUCAAUGCUCUGGAUCAGUACAAGAGAACAUGCUCAAGCAUCGAUGGUUUACAAGCUCAGCUAGGACAGGUUGAUAACAGAAAUGACUUGGAUACCUUCCUCUACAGCGUGGAGAUGACUGAUGAGAUCAAUGAAUCUGCUCAGCCUGUAUUGCCCUUUGCAUGGUAUGGUCGUCCCAUCGCCAUAGCUGCCCCCGACGACGAAACCAUUGACGAAGACGCCGCAGACGCAAUCAUCGUCGGCCCGGAAGUCACAGUAGCCUGUCUCCUGUACAAUCUAGGUAUUGCCUUUCAACUCGAAUGUGCUCAGUCUGCUAUUGUCAACCAGGCCGAAGAGAAUGCUGCUUUCCCGCCCGCUCCACCAAGACGUACCCACCAAGACGCUCUACAUGUGUACAUGAUGGCUCUACAAGCACUACUGUCGCUUCCGCCUCAGCGGACAGCACAGCGGAAUACCAUAAGUGAACGUCUCAGCCUGGGGGUGUUGCAUUUGGCCAUUGCGAACAACCUUCUCUACGUACACGCCCAGCUCAUUGACAUGGACGGUGUCAAGACCUGCUUGGCUGUGCUUCGCGAUGCCCUUGCCAGAAUCUGCCAUGGUUUGCCACAAGAACACAUGGAAGAAUUUUCCUUCUUCCUCAAGAACACCCUCCUCUUUCCAAGCAAUUAUGGUAGCACGUUCAGCUUGCCAUUGGCUCCUGCAGCCUAACUCUUCCACUCCAUUGUAUACACACACGCAAGACUAAACCAGCCACUGCAAGGGGAAUGAGCUGGCUGAUUCAUGAUUCCAAGGGAUUACCUGUAGAUGCGCCGCAUAGCUUUCAGUUGGACCGUCGUUGAAACCCAUCAUCACCACCAAGAGAAGAGUUGGCAAACAAGACAUCUGAUACCGUACAACAGACGCCUGGAGAGGAACACCUGACUACAAAUACUCUUCUAUUGUCUACUUCUUUCUUCUUUACACUGCAUACAAUACAAUAUAGUUUGAAACCCAUGUACAUAACAUAAACCAGAUCAGAAUUAUUGCAUCUAUCACUACUGGGAACAGCGCGGACGGAGACAGCAAGGGGAAAUAACUAUCUGGGCUUAACUGGCUUACCCCUAUCGCGAUAGUGAGCUUGCUGGGCGAGGAACGAGCGAC